AGGAUAUUGAAAAAAAGUUCCAAUCGAACUAUACACCAAUUAAUAAUGGGCUAUACGACGAUACACUCUAUUCUUUCAAGCGCAUACGAUAGAAGAUUUAAAAUAAGAUGAUUCCUCGUUUAAGUAGGUUUCCACGACCUAUAGUUAAGAUCCAAACUUUAUCAAUUCCCCAGUGGCGAAGAGGAGGUACGAAAUUAGUAAGACAUUUCUCAACUAAUCAGUAUAACUAUUAUCAACCAUAUCAAAAGUCAACAUCGGUAUUUACGAAAUUUUUAUAUACGGUAGUAGCCAUUGGAGUAGUGGGGGGUUAUGGUUAUUACAUGUUUUGGCCCAAGCACACAUUUCCUUCUUCUGUUGCUAAGAUAUUGCGAAAAGGGUUAUGGGCUGAAAGUGAGAAAGGUGAAAAUGAUUAUCAAUUAGCAUUGAAGUAUUAUUUGGAAGCAUUAAAGCAUUGUGAUGAAAUUGGUAUGGAUAUUAUUAGUGAUGAAUAUACUGGUAUACAAUUGAAGGCAGCUGAAAUGUUUGAACGAUUAAAUAUGAUUGAAGAUAGUUUAUUCAUAUAUAAUGAAAUUGCCACCAUAUAUCUUACUGCUUUAUCAGCCCUUCCAGGUAGUGAAGAAGCUAAAUUAAUAAAGAAUUUCUCUCAUCGUCGUCAUAUAAUCCAGAAAGAUUUAAGAAUUGCUUUGAAAUUGGUUGACUUGAAUAGGCAUGACCCUUCAUUAGUAAAAUCAAUACUUUUCACUCAUUUAAUUAUUGCUCAAGAUGAAAUAAAUAAACAUGUUAAAGUGGCAAACAUGGCCGAAUUUAAAGAUGAUAAAUCAAAUGUUGAUAUCACUUUUAAAAGUCUUGAUAAAUCUGCCUAUUUCUUAACCGAUCCCAAUACUGGAGAAACUACAUCUAUCAAAACUACUCCUGAAAUAUGGGAACCCUUUGCUGAUGAAUAUUUCACAGGCAUGGAAGUAUUAUCAGCUAUUUGUGUUGGUUCAGGAGAUUUUCGUUUAGCAUUCCAUGUUAAGAUUUUAACUCUUGAAUCUAUGCUUAUAGCAGGAAUUGAACCAUCAAGAGUUUUAUCAAAUCAAUGUAAUUUAGCAUCUAUAUUAUUUUUACUUGCAGGAGAACAUGAAGCUCUAGAAUAUAAAACGAAAAAGAAGAUUGCUAAAUCUUUAGAUAUUAAUCAUAAACAAUUAUCUAUUGAUGAAGUUUUGUCUAGUUCAACUGAGAUUGGUAAGAAGAUUGCUUUAAGUUUACCAGAGGAAAGAAAGCAAUUGGAAACUGCUCAUAUAUCCAAGGAUAAUUUUUUUAAGUUAAGUUAUAAAUCAUAUGAAUCUAUAUUAACCUAUGCCAAGACUGUUCUCAAGGAUUCACCUUCAUCAAGUUCAGAUUCUCAACCUCAAGUUGGUAUAACAGGAUUGUUCGGUUCUUCAACCACUAUAUCUUCUACUAACUUGACUAAAUCUGUUAAUGAAACAGUUGCCUUAGCAACAUAUAGUUUAGGGGUUCUUAAUUUACAUUUAUCAAAAUAUGAUACUGCUGAAAGAUUUUUGAGAGAAUCAAGAGUUCGAGCUAGAACUUGUGGAUAUGAUGAUUUAUUGGAAGAGAUUGAAAUUGAAUUGGAAAAAUUAUUCAAAGAAAAGAAAGCAAAGGCCCUUAUUACCAGUGAUAUUAAUGAGUCAUCUCAUGUUUCUGCUUCUGCAGAUUAAAAGAAAAAGACUAUGUGUAUAUAACUCGAUAUACUUGUUAAUGUAUUUAUUUAUU